GUUUCGUGCAGUUGUGUAUUGUGCACGUAUCGGUAUCCGUAGGUGGGGUGCGAAAAGCAACGUACGGCGUAGGAGAUUGAGGAGCUGGCGAUCCAUUUUCCGGUUGGACUCAGUCGAUCAGUGCUCGUUUCUCUUGUGCGUAUCCGCUCGUAUCGUUCGUUCGGUCACGCGUUGUCACGCUCGAGAAAACGUGCGCGCGAACCGCCAACUCUGUCCCUGCCGUGCGGGGGUGCGAAUAGAGAAUAAACGUUACAAGGAGUAAGGGAAAGAGAAGUGCAGAUCAUCCAGGAUGAGUGUCGACGCGUACGGACCCAGCAGCCAGACCCUCACGUUUCUCGACACCGAGGAGACGGACCUGAUCGGCGCGGAUACUCAGGGCAGCGAAUUCGACUUCACCGAUUUCACGUUGCCGUCGCAGAGUCAGACCCAGGCCUCGCAACACGACGCGACCCAGACACAGUCCAGUCAACCCGUUCAGGUAAAUGGAACAAAUGGUACUUCAUCGUUGGAUUUAAAAAUUUCUGGAGCAGCCCAAAGCCUUGCCGAGUUGCAAUUUGAGGAAGAGGAAGAGGAAGCAUAUUAUAAUCGUGAUUUACCUGAAUAUGCAUGUAAAUAUUGCGGUAUCCACGAGGCAUCAUGCGUGGUUAUGUGUAAUGUUUGCCGAAAAUGGUUCUGCAAUGGACGCGGUAAUACAUCAGGAUCACAUAUUAUCAAUCAUCUUGUUCGUGCUAAACACAAGGAAGUUACGUUACACAGAGAUGGCCCUCUUGGAGAAACUGUUUUGGAAUGUUAUUCCUGUGCUACAAGAAAUGUUUUUGUAUUGGGUUUUAUUCCUGCUAGAGCUGAUUCUGUAGUUGUGCUGCUUUGUCGCCAACCAUGUGCGGCACAGAGUUCUUUGAAAGAUAUGAAUUGGGAUCAAGAGCAAUGGAAACCUUUGAUUGAAGAUCGUAGCUUUUUAUCUUGGCUAGUGAAAAUUCCAUCUGAACAAGAGCAGUUGAGAGCUAGACAGAUCUCAGCACAGCAGAUUAAUAAAUUGGAGGAGUUAUGGCGAGACAACGUCGAUGCUACUUUCCAAGAUCUUGAAAAGCCUGGAGUAGAUGAGGAACCGCAGCAAGUUUUGUUACGCUAUGAGGAUGGUUAUCAGUAUCAAAAUAUUUUUGGUCCGCUUGUAAAAUUGGAAGCUGAUUAUGACAAACGGUUAAAAGAAUCUCAAACUCAAGAGAAUAUUGAAGUACGGUGGGAUGUUGGAUUAAAUAAGAAGACUAUUGCAUACUUUUUGCUAGCUAAAACGGAUGGUGAUAUGAAAUUGAUGCAUGGAGACGAAUUGAGACUCCGUUACUUGGGAGAACUUCAUAAACCUUGGUCCGGAAUUGGACACGUGAUUAAGAUCCCGGAUAAUUACGGGGAAGAAGUCGGAAUUGAAUUGAAAAAUAAUUCUGGAGCGCCAACAGAAUGCGUCAGUAACUUCGUUGUUGAUUUCAUUUGGAAGAGUACGAGUUUUGAUAGAAUGCAGUCUGCAUUACGCAAGUUUGCUGUUGAUGACACAUCCGUAUCGGCUUACAUAUAUCAUAGACUACUAGGUCAUGAAGUAGAAGAAGUUUUGUUCCGUUGUCAUCUCCCUAAGCACUUUAGUGCGCCAAAUUUACCCGAUUUGAAUAGAUCGCAGGUGUACGCUGUAAAACAUGCAAUACAACGACCCUUGUCUUUGAUUCAAGGACCACCUGGAACAGGUAAAACCGUAACGAGUGCUACCAUAGUUUAUCAAUUGGUAAAACAAAACGGUGGUCCAGUUCUUGUAUGCGCUCCUUCCAAUACUGCUGUCGAUCAAUUAACCGAGAAGAUACAUAAAUCAAAUCUGAAAGUCGUACGAUUAUGUGCCAAAUCACGAGAGGCCAUUGAUUCGCCGGUGAGUUUCCUCGCAUUGCAUAAUCAGAUAAAAAACAUGGAGACGAAUACUGAAUUGCAAAAGUUACAACAAUUGAAGGACGAGACUGGCGAACUUUCAAGCGUUGAUGAAAAACGUUAUAGACUCUUGAAGAAAGCGGCGGAAAAGGAGCUUCUGGAAGCAGCAGAUGUAAUUUGCUGCACAUGCGUAGGCGCUGGUGAUCCUAGAUUGCAUCGAUUAAAGUUUCAUUCUAUACUUAUCGAUGAGAGUAUGCAGGCUACCGAACCGGAGUGCAUGGUGCCUGUCGUUUUAGGAGCGAAGCAAUUGAUCCUUGUUGGUGAUCACUGUCAAUUGGGUCCAGUGGUGAUGUGUAAAAAAGCCGCCAGAGCUGGUUUGUCACAAUCUCUGUUUGAAAGACUGGUGGUGUUGGGAAUUAGACCUUUCCGUUUGGAAGUACAAUAUCGUAUGCAUCCUGAUCUUUCGCGAUUCCCAUCUAAUUUUUUCUACGAAGGUUCCCUGCAGAAUGGCGUUUGCGCUGACGAGAGAAAAUUAUUAAAGAUUGAUUUUCCCUGGCCUGCAGUAGACAAACCAAUGUUCUUUUAUGUCACGCAAGGUCAAGAAGAGAUAGCCGGAAGCGGAACAUCCUAUUUGAAUCGUACCGAAGCGUCUAAUGUGGAAAAAAUAACGACGCGAUUCUUACGUUGUGGUGUAAAGCCGGAACAGAUCGGAGUGAUAACCCCAUACGAAGGUCAGCGGGCUUAUCUUGUGCAAUACAUGCAGUAUCAAGGUUCUCUGCAUUCGAAACUGUAUCAGGAAAUUGAAGUAGCAAGUGUGGACGCUUUUCAGGGACGCGAGAAAGAUAUAAUAAUAAUGUCUUGCGUACGAUCCAAUGAACAUCAGGGUAUUGGGUUCUUGAAUGAUCCCCGAAGAUUAAAUGUGGCGCUGACUCGCGCGAAAUACGGUAUCAUCAUUGUAGGGAACCCUAAGGUACUUUCGAAACAGCCACUCUGGAACCAUCUGCUCAGCUUUUACAAGGAGCAAAAGGUGCUGGUCGAAGGACCGUUGAACAAUCUAAAGGAAUCCAUGAUCCAAUUUGCUAAACCAAAAAAACUCGUGAACGCGGCCAACCCAGGUUCGCAUUUCAUGUCCACGUCAAUGUACGAUGCUCGCGAAGCCUUGAUUCCUGGAUCAGUAUACGAUCGCUCUGGCACGCAGGUGAACGGCAUGCAGAAUCAUAAUCCAUACUAUCAGAGAAACGUGCCGCUCGACAUUUUCAGUCGCACCCACGAUACCAUCAGCUACAUCAGCCCGGAACGGGCGCAGGCGGCGAUGAACAACAUGCCGGUACCGCUGGGUAUGUUCAUGAACAUGGCGCACGUGCCGCCACGCUUUUAUAAUCAACAUCAACAGGCGUUGCAGGCGCGUCAGAAUCAAAGAAAUCGACGUGGUGCCGCUGCUUUGGUAAGAAACAAGUCCGGUCCGCGUAUGGGUAAGCUGAAUAGUCAAACAGAACAAAAUACGCAACCGUAUAGCCAACCGGGUCUGCCGCUGACCCAGGGUACGACGCAGGGUAUGUCUCAGCCCGGCUUCAGUCUCUCGCAGCCUGGUCUCAGUCAAGCGGAGCUCUCUCAGGAUUCGUUCGCCGUUGGUGAAUUCCAGUCCCAAAUGGACGGUCUGCUGUCGCAAGACUCAACCUAUCAGGGCGAUCGAAGUGGUUUCUAUCAAUCGGGCCAAUCGCAAGCCGGAGGACAAUUCUCGCAACCCUACUGAGCCGAGACCUACCUACGGCUGAGCAAAGCAAUUGCCAUGCCAUGAAGGCUCGUUCGACCAAUUCUUCUUCGACCAACAACCACAAAUCACUAACUGCGCAAAACGGUAAAACGGCUCGACGAUCGAGUACGAUAUUAUUGCAGCAUAUGCUCAUGUCGUCGACGUGAGAGAAAAGGGGAAUGUGAAAGGAGAACGAAAGUUCCAUAAGCUAAUUCGCCGUUGGCGGACUCCACCAUGGACGAAAACGCGCAAGGCUCAUGAUAAUCUACUGACUGUAACACACAAGUGCGACAAGGACGAACAAAGGACAUCCACACAGGCUGGAAAACGACAAACGACAAACCACCAAUCACCGUGAUCACGCGCUUACCGUGAACGGAUCAUUUUAUGGCGAGGAUGUCGCGUAAUGCUAGAAUUUAAAAAAAAUAUGUAUAAAAGAUAAAAAUAUAAAAUGUAAAAAGAGAAAGAAAAAAAAUGGAACGUAAAAUGAAUAAAUCGCUUCAUGACUCGACCGAAUUCACCAAGUGUGCCAAUGUAGCAUCACGAUUGGAUGAAUUUACGGCGAGAAGAUUCAUGAAUAAGGAUCUUUAUAAUUGUCUAUAAACUCUAGAAGAUCGAAACUCGCAAUAGCAGACCGAAAUGCUACACGUUUCUGCCACUUCGCCACAAAUAUCAACAUUGAGAAACCGAAUAGAAAGCACAAGAGACAUAGAAAGAAAAGAAGGCUACGUAUAUUUCGAUAUCCGAAUUUUUUUUUAUAUCAAUCAUUGCAUCUCGAAUUGAGAAUACGAUAACACCGCUACUACAAGCUUGCUGCUCGAAUGUGUGAGCGCAUAUCACACGCUGAAAGUCGAUAUCGAUUUUUCCGGCGGAUUUUGUCGAAAAGGAAGUCGCCAAUUAAAUCUUCGUCAGACAGUAUGAGGCCAACAGCAUUUCAACGUCAUCACAUGGAGGUGGGACACAUCCUUUUUCAGAGGGGAUCGGCGUCUUCGCCGAUCGUGAGAAAUUCAUUGGUGGUUUUAAUUAUAUCGAUUAGUUUUUUGUUUCCUUAUGUUAUAUCUAUUGCUUACUUACCGCGCAGGGGUCAACAGAGCGCAUUGUUUAAAAAGAUUGCUUUCUUUCAGUAGAUCCUUAGUGACGUGGUGAGAUCGAUUUUUAGCGAUUAAUGUAAUCGGGUAUAGAUACAACUUGUCAAAAUAUAUUAUCGUUCUUUCUUUUAUAUAUACAUAUAUAUAUCGCGUCGUAUAUAUCGUUCUUUAAUCUUUUUGCAACGACAAAUGAAAAUGUUCCAGCGCAGCAAAAUGUUACUCUAUUCUAAGAGUAGUAUUAUUCUUUUCCAUGUAUAGAGUUAAAAUGUAUAACUUUGUUGCAUCACAUACAUUAAUAUAUUACGAUGAUUUGUAUGUAUUAUACAAAUCAAUGUCGUAUAAAAAAUUGCUGGAAUUUUUCUUUAAUGAUUUGACGUAUUGACUGCAACGCAUCUCUACACAGGGAAAGUUUUUGAUGAGUCAUUAUAUGUAAUGGCUUCUCUCGUAGCGAAAGGGUUAACGUGCGAAACGAUAGUUAUAUAAGCUUAGGAUUGAAAAAUUUUGAUUUGUGUAUUUUGGGGUGGAUAUGGCAGUACAAGCCAUAUUGCAAAAAUCACAUGUGACUAUAUCAUUGCGUGUUUCGGACAUUGUCAUUAUCCACAAUGGCAUACUGACAACUCAUUACCAUUCGAAAUAUUUUACUUGCUGUACCGACUAGAAUGUCGUAUAGACUUUUUUUUUGUAUUCGGAGAUCGCUUUUCUGUUCUUUCCGAAUCCCUGCUUUUAAUUCUAUCCUCUAUCUGUAUUGGCUUCUGGCGGUAAUGAAUUCUUAUUGUUAUAUAUUAUUGCAAUAGAUUAAGUAAUAAUUAAUGUAACCUGCAUUAUAUAACACUAAAUUCUUUUAUUUCUUUUGUCCGACCAACAGCGCACCGCUAAUAUAACAGCAGAUUAUAAUAUUAAAAUUUAUUGUGAAACCUCUUAUCAAAAAAUAAAUUUGAUUUGAAAACA